GGAGGAGGAGUAUAUAGAGCAACACAGGGGAUCUGUACAAGGACGUGAUGAUGGAGAAUCACCGGCCCCUCACAUCACUGGAUGGGCCCAGUAACAGAGAUACCCCAGAGAGAUGUCCCCGUCCUCUGUAUUCCCAGGAUUGUACAGAGGAGAAUCACAGGAUCCCACAGGAGGAUCAGAUAGAACGUCUGUCUGAUAUUAAGGCAGAAGAUAUAGAGGAAGAAGAAGAGACGUAUGUGAAUGAUAUAAAGGCAGAAGAUACAGAGGGAGAAGAAGAGACGUAUGUGACUGAUAUAAAGGCAGAAGAUAUAGAGGGAGAAGAAGAGACGUAUGUGACUGAUAUGAAGGCAGAAGAUAUAGAGGAAGAAGCAGAGACGUAUGUGAGGGGUGAUCAGCAGUGUAAGGAGGAGGAGAUCCCUACAGAUAUCAGCACAGCAGAUGGACACACAAGCAGGAAUAUCUCAGAAGGACAUCUAAUGUUAUCCCCGGAUUGUGACAUAAAAGAUAAUGACAGUAGACAGGAUUCUCCAGGAGCUAAUCCCAUUACCCCAAUUAUACAUCCAGCUCUAUCAGCUGAUCCCCCUGAUCCUGGGAAAUGUUCUCCUGAUGACUCUGAUAUUGGUGCAUCUGUUACAGCUCUGACAGUAGAUACAGUGUUUCCGUGUUCUAUAGAUGCCAAAUGUUUUACAAAGAACACAAAGCCUAUUAACCUACACACAGGUAAGGCAGGUGGAAGGCCACUGAUAUGUUCAGAGUGUGGGAAAUGUUUUACAAAGAAAUCACAACUUGUUAUACAUCAGAGAAGUCACACAGGUGAGAAGCCAUUUCCAUGUUCUGAGUGUGCGAAAUGUUUUACAAAGAAAUCACAUCUUGUUAUACAUCAGAGAUGUCACACAGGUGAGAAGCCAUUUCCAUGUUCUGAGUGUGGGAAAUGUUUUGCACUUAAAUCACUUCUUGUUAGACAUCAGAGUAGUCACACAGGUGAGAGGCCAUUUUCUUGCUCUGAGUGCGGGAAAAGUUUUACCUGGAAAUCCAAUCUUGUUAGACAUCAGAGAGAGCACACAGGUGAGAAGCCAUUUCCAUGUUCUGAGUGUGGGAAAUGUUUUGCAUGUAAAUCAGAUCUUGUUAUACAUCACAGAAGUCACACAGGUGAGAGGCCAUUUCCAUGUUCUGAGUGUGGGAAAUGUUUUGCAUGUAAAUCAGAUCUUGUUAUACAUCACAGAAGUCACACAGGUGAGAAGCCAUUUUCUUGCUCUGAGUGUGGGAAAUGUUUUGCAUGUAAAUCAGAUCUUGUCAUACAUCACAGAAGUCACACAGGUGAGAAGCCAUUUUCUUGCUCUGAGUGCGGGAAAUGUUUUACACACAAAUCACGACUUGUUACCCAUCAGCAAAGUCACACAGGUGAGAAGGCAUUUCCAUGUUCUGAGUGUGGGAAAGGUUUUGCAGACAAAUCACAUCUUGUUAGACAUCAGAGAACUCACACAGGUGAGAAGCCAUUUUCUUGCUCUGAGUGCGGGAAAUGUUUUACACAGAAAUCAGUUCUUGUUAUACAUCACAGAAGUCACACAGGUGAGAAGGCAUUUCCAUGUUCUGAGUGUGAGAAAUGUUUUACACAGAAAUCAGAACUUAUUACACAUCAGCGAACUCACACAGGUGAGAAGCCAUUUCCAUGUUCUGAGUGUGGGAAAUGUUUUGCACACAAAUCAGCUCUUGUUAGACAUUACAGAAGUCACACAGGUGAGAAGCGAUUUCUAUACUCUGAGAAAUAAAUCAUCUCUUGUUACACACAAUAGACAUCACUCAGGUGAGGAACCAUUUUAAUCUUCUGGAGUAUACUUAUCAUUGCCAUGCAUUGUUCUUCAAGGUUCUUAUCCUAUCUCCUAUGCUUUUUGCAAUAUACAUGUUACCACCGGGUGAAAUAAUCAGAUGUCAUGCCCUCAUCUACCACUGCUAUACAGAUGACCUGUCUUUGCUCUAGGUACUGAGAACCCAGUACCAAUCCUAAAGGGUUGUCUAGCUGAGCUCCAGGUGUGGGUGAUGCCAGUUGGCUGUGAUUCAGUCCUGAUGAAGCAGGUCUUUAAGCUCACCACCAAAGGGCAGGGCUACAGUUCAGCUUUGCAAACCAACCAGACUUACGCUUGGGGGUUCAGAGUUACAAAAUGCUGAUCAUGUGUGGAAUCUUGGUGUCCUGGAUAGUGGAGUGACACUUAGACAUCAGUAUCUGCCACAAUCAGAUCCUCAUCUGAGGAACAUAGUCAGACUCCAACACUUUAUUCCCUCAGAAGAUCUACCUACAGUCAUACAUGUACUUGUAUCAUCACGCAUAGACUACUCCAAUUUCUUCUACCUGGGUCUCCUAGCAAAAGAAUUGCACCGCUUGUAGCUUGUACAGAAUGCAGCAGCCAGGCUUUUACCUAACCAGCCCGUUCCUGCCACAUAACACCCAUUCUCUGCUCCCUUCACCGGCUGCCUGUAAGAUGGUGACUCUAUUACAUAAUGGGCUAUCCCAACCCUACAUGACCAGGGUCCAUGGUACCAGAAGCAGCUUCUGCCUCGUUACUGCCCUGGUUGCUGCCAUCUGCAGAUGAAGAACUGUUACCAGCAGUACCAAGAAUCCCCAAGAAGUUCUUAGAUGUCAGAGGUGGAGACAGGGUGGUGGCACUAGUGCUGCAGCGGGGGCUGCCGGAGGCACUGUCUGUGGGUAAUAUUGUCCUCAAGCAGCACUAAGGUGUCAGAGGGGAGACAGGGCAGUGGCAGUAGU